AGCAGCUCCGGCCAUGUCGUCGUCGCCGGUUUCUUCAGUUUAAUUUACAUACAUACAUGUACAUGUGGCCCCUCGCGAUUGAUCCCCUGCCUAUAUAAAUAGCACAACAUCUUGCCCCUCCAUUUGCACCAACCCAUAACUCACUCUGGUAUUAUAGAUAGAUCAUCGAUCGAUCAAUCCAUCAUCUCGCCAUCGAUCACUCUGAUUGCAUACUUGCUAGCUUGCUUGCUUCAAAUUAAGCACUAGCAGAAGAAGGUGCGGGCGAGUAGCAAUGGCGAUCAUUGACUUGGUCAAUGCCGGAGAGCAGCAGCAGGCACAGGCGGGGGCCGGGAAGAGAGCGGCGGCGGGCGAGGAGGUGGACGACACCCGCGAGUACUACUGCCGGAGAGGCGUCAGGCACCUGUGCGACAGCGGCAUUACCAGGCUGCCCGGCAACUACGUCCUGCCGGCCUCCGACCGCCCAGCCCCGGUAGCCGCCGUGGGCUCCGUCGUCAAGCUCCCCGUCGUCGACCUGUCGCGCCUUCGCAUCCCCUCCGAGCGCGCCGCCGUGCUCCGGACACUCGACGCCGCCUGCCGCGAAUACGGCUUCUUCCAGGUGGUGAACCACGGCGUCGGCGACGAGGUGGUGGGCGGCAUGCUGGACGUGGCGCGGCGCUUCUUCGAGCUGCCGCAGGCGGAGCGGGAGCGGUACAUGUCGCCGGACGUGCGGGCGCCGGUCCGGUACGGCACCAGCUUCAACCAGGUGAAGGACGCCGUGCUCUGCUGGCGCGACUUCCUCAAGCUGGCCUGCAUGCCGCUCUCCACCGUCUCCCAGUACUGGCCCACCUCGCCGGCCGACCUGCGGGAGGUGGCGUCGGCCUACGCGGAGGCGAACCAGCGGUUGUUCGCGGAGAUCAUGGAGGCGGCGCUGGAGGCGCUGGGCGUGGGCGUCGCGUCGGGCUCGGGCUCCGGCGCGGCCGUGAUGGAGGACCUGGCGGCGGGGACGCAGAUGAUGACGGUGAACUGCUACCCGGAGUGCCCGCAGCCGGAGCUGACGCUGGGGAUGCCGCCGCACUCGGACUACGGCUUCCUCACCCUCGUGCUCCAGGACCAGGUGGCGGGCCUCCAGGUGAUGCACGCCGGCGACUGGCUCACCGUCGACCCACUCCCGGGCUCCUUCGUCGUCAACGUCGGCGACCACUUGGAGAUAUUUAGCAACGGAAGGUACAGGAGCGUGCUGCACAGGGUGAGGGUGAACUCUCGGCGGCUGAGGGUGUCGGUGGCGUCGUUCCACAGCGUGGCGGCGGAGCGGGUGGUGGCGCCGGCGCCGGAGCUGAUCGACGAGCGCCACCCGCGCCGCUACAUGGACACCGACCUGGCCACCUUCGUCGCCUACCUCGCCUCCGCCGCCGGCAACCACAAGUCCUUCCUCCACUCCAGGAGCCUCUACUGAUCCCAUCCAUCCAUUUAAUUACUUACCAGAUUUAAUCAAAUCGAUAUAUAUCUCCAUCUCCAUCGUCGAUUGAUUAAUUAAGCUAGCUAGCUAGCUGCAGGCAGCUCCCUCCCCAACUCGAUCGAUCGCUUGCUCAGCGCGACUUUGACCGGUCUAAACCGGAGGAGGAAAAACUAGCUUUUCAGAUUAAUUGCCACCUCGAUUGGUGAGCGUUGACUAAUGUAUAACACUACUCCUACUAGUAGUAGUUAUAUAGUAUAACUAACUACUGCUAUAUAUACUACCUUGUGUGUGUCUCGAUUGGUCUGAAAAGCUUUGUGUAUCUACGUACGUAUGCUUACUACCAUCCCCUUUUUGAGUUAGUUUUAUACACGUAUAUAAGAGUAGCAGUAGUAUAUGUUGUGGUUUUGACUUUUCAAAGUCAACGUGAUCGUGAUGGUACCUUGACGUACGUACGUUAUUGUAUCGAAUCAUGAGUGUUUGUAAUCAUGUAUAUGUAUUCGGAAAUAGUUAAUACUAUAUAUAAAGCUUACUAUACUA